UCUCCUGUUUCAUUUGAUUGGGACCGAAGAAAAAGAGCUCCUCACAGGAGCCGCCGGGUACAUCGUUUUCCUUUACCAGCUUUCUAACAGUUCCUGCAUUUGAUGGUGAUUAAAAGCGGUAUACAUUUUCUCUGUGGAGGGAAGUCGAAGGGAAUGAGAAGCAGGGGAAAUCUGCCGUGACUUUUUUUUUUUUUUUCUUUUCCCGGAGGCUCCUGGUGCCAACAGGGCAGAGAGUUGCUGCCGUGGUCGGUCUUGUGCGGCUAGCGGAUCAUCACUGGGAGCUGGGAGAGAGAAGCUAGCUGUAUCCUCUGCAUGUUGCCUCCGAAGUAACACCACAGCGCCAAGAUGGACCUGAAGCUGCUCCUGAUAUCUACAUUGUUAGGAGUCGUUUGUUACAGUAAUGCUCAGAAAGAGGGGAAUGAGUGCAUCAAUGCCAACGCCAAAUACUGCGGGGAGUGCAUCCAGGCCGGAGCCAAAUGUGGCUGGUGUAAAGACCCAAGCUUUCUGAAGCAGGGUGAGACUGUGUCGACCCGCUGUGACGAGCUGCAGUCUCUGAUAAAAAGGGGCUGCGAAGAGGGAAUGAUUGAAAACCCACGCGGAGAACAGAAGACCCUUAAAAACAAAGCAGUGACACAUCGUAGAAAGGGAGCAGACAAACUGAAGCCGGAGGACAUCACUCAGAUCCAGCCCCAGAAACUCAGCCUCACCCUCCGAUCUGGUGAGCCCCAGUCUUUUGAUUUGAAGUUCAAACGAGCUGAGGAUUAUCCCAUCGACCUGUACUACUUGAUGGACCUGUCCUACUCCAUGAAGGACGACCUGGAGAAUGUCAAGAACCUGGGAACCAGUCUGAUGCUGGAGAUGUCAAAGAUCACCUCUGAUUUCAGGAUAGGCUUUGGCUCCUUUGUGGAGAAGACAGUCAUGCCAUACAUCAGCACCACCCCGGCCAAGCUGCUGAACCCGUGCACAGGCGACCAGAACUGCACCAGCCCAUUUAGCUACAAGAACGUCCUGAGGCUGACCAGCGACGGCAAGAAGUUCAACACCUUGGUGGGUCAGCAGCACAUCUCUGGAAACCUGGACUCUCCUGAGGGGGGCUUCGAUGCCAUUAUGCAAGUGGCUGUGUGUGGGGAGCAAAUCGGCUGGAGGAAUGUGACUCGUCUGCUGGUGUUCUCCACUGAUGCUGGCUUUCACUUUGCUGGUGAUGGCAAGCUGGGCGGCAUCGUUCUGCCAAACGAUGGAAAAUGUCACUUGGAGAACAAUGUGUAUACAAUGAGCCACUACUAUGAUUAUCCCUCCAUUGCUCACCUGGUUCAGAAACUGAGCGACAACAAUAUUCAGACCAUCUUUGCUGUCACGGAGGAGUUCCAGCCUGUUUACCAAGAGCUGAAAAAUCUCAUCCCAAAGUCUGCAGUGGGAACACUGUCUGCCAACUCAAGCAACGUUAUCAACCUCAUUAUAGACGCUUAUAAUUCUCUCUCGUCUGAGGUUAUUCUGGAGAACAGCAAGCUUCCAGAGGGGCUGACCAUAGCUUACGUCUCCCACUGUAAGAAUGGAGUGGUCAGUGUAGGCGAGAAUGGCCGGAAGUGCUCCAACAUCUCCAUCGGAGAUGAGGUUACAUUUAGCAUCAGUGUGACCUCUAAGGGCUGUCCGAAAGAAGGCAAACCUGAGACCAUCAAGAUCAAGCCCCUGGGAUUCACAGAGGAGGUGGAGAUUACCCUCAACUUCAUCUGUGAGUGUGAAUGCCACAAGGAGGGAGUUAAGAACAGUCCGCUUUGCCACUUUGGAAACGGGACCUAUGAGUGUGGAGCCUGCAAGUGUAAUGAAAAACGCGUGGGCAGACAGUGCGAGUGCAGCAGCAACGACGUGGCCACAGAGGACAUGGACCGCACCUGCCGCAAAGACAACGGCACGGACAUCUGCAGCAACAACGGAGACUGUGUGUGCGGCACGUGUGAGUGCAAGAAGAGAGACAACCCCGAGGAGAGGUACAGCGGACAGUACUGCGAGUGUGACAACUUCAACUGUGACCGCUCCGGAAACAAACUGUGUGGAGGGCAUGGUCGCUGUGAGUGCAGAGUGUGUGUCUGUGAUCCCAUGUGGACCGGAAGCGCCUGUGAUUGUUCUCUAGACAACAGCACAUGUAUGGCCAGCAACAAGCAGAUCUGCAACGGCCGAGGAUCAUGUGAAUGCGGCACGUGCAAGUGCACUGACCCCAAAUUCCAGGGUCCCACCUGUGAGACUUGCCCUACCUGCCCAGGAGUCUGUAUUGAACACAAAGAGUGUGUCCAGUGCCGGGCGUUUGGCACUGGUGAGAAGAAGGACACGUGCGAGAGAGACUGCAGCUACUUCAACCUGAUCAAAGUGAAGGACAGGGACAAGCUGCCCCAGCCCAAUGACGCCUCCUACCCUCUGAUGCACUGCAAGGAGAGGGACGCCAACGACUGCUGGUUCUACUACACCUAUGCCGUCAACAACAACACAGAGAAGGAGGUCCAUGUAGUCGACACGCUGGACUGCCCCACCGGCCCUGACAUCAUCCCCAUCGUGGCAGGCGUGGUCGCCGGCAUCGUUCUGAUUGGCUUAGCCCUGCUGCUCAUCUGGAAGCUGCUGAUGAUUAUCCACGACAGAAGAGAGUUCGCCAAGUUUGAGAAGGAGAAGAUGAACGCCAAAUGGGAUACGCAAGAAAAUCCCAUAUACAAGAGUCCUAUCAAUCAGUUCCAGAACCCAAACUAUGGACGUAAAGCUGCUGUCCUUUAAGGUGAAAAUCCAAUCUACAAAAGUGCUGUCACCACUGUGGUCAACCCCAAAUAUGAAGGAAAAUGAUAGCGUCGUAGUUUUCAAUGAACUCUGCUACCGAAGUAUCUGACAGCUGCAGUGUUUGGGUCCGGGGUCUAUGGAGGAACUUUAUGUCAUUUUGUUCUUGUCGCUUUACAAAUAUAACAUACCACACGGCCACCGCAUCAGUAUUUUUACUAACACUUAUGAUUUAUAUGCAUUUUUGAUGUACAGUAUAAAAGAAUGUGUAUAUACUUUGAAGUUGUGUAUUUGCAGAAAUGAUGCCAGGAAGGUGCUUUGAUUUCCCCUGCCACAGGACUGGUUAUGGGUGGAGGAUUUAGCUUUUUGAACAACACAACGUGGACACCAAGGUUAUACAAUAUAUGUAUAAAAGCAUCUGUCCCCUUCUCAGACAUGUCUUUCACUCCGUCUUGUCGUCGCCCUGUGCACUGACUUCCUGUGUGUUCCUAUGUGUUCCUGACAGGACCUGAGUUUAGUUUGUAAAUUGUCAGCCGUAGCAACGCAUUGUGUCGAUGUGUGUGUUUGUGUGUGUGUAUAUAUAUUGAAAACAACUGCAAUAGGAAGUAUUGAAUGAUAUUUAGCAUUCAACGUAGAUUGGACAGUUUCGUUGAAUCACAGUGAUUGUAAAUGUUUUGAGCUGCAGCUUUGAAACUUCCAAUGUUUGAGAUUUUAUUGCUCUCCUGUCAAGUACUAAAGGAGUGAACACACAAGAAAAUGAAUAAUAUCAACUGUCAUUCUUUGAAUUGCUGAUAUGCUAUCACAAAGGGACUGUACACCACUUGUAAAAAAAAAAAAUAUGAAAUUGUGGCAAUGUUUGACAAUUGAAGGAUUUGUAUAGUUAUGAUACAAGUUGCAAUUGACUAAUGAAAUAAUGUUGUAUUUACGAAUUGCAGUAUUGUUUUGACUCAUUCUCAGGUCCUCUCCUGUGUUUGUCAAGUACACCAAAAAAUAUGUUUUCUUGUUGUUCAGUGAACUCAUUUGUGUAAGUCAGUUUUGUUAGUCACGUGUUUGUUUAGAUUGUAAGACUGAUGAGACAAGAGUAUUUUCUCAGCAUCACCCGCUUUCACACCGAAAUGCCUCUGAAAUACAACAAACAAGCAUUUGCAGUAUUGUUUUCAAAGUGCCUUUUAUUUCAAUACCAUGUUCUCUCCCAACGCUUUUUAUGGGUUAUUUAUUUAAUAAAGUACAAAAUCUGUCUGUCUA